CAAAUGACUUGGGGGUAAAGACGGUUUGGCAUAUCUAAUUGUUCUUACUGUAUCCACUGUUAACUUCCGGUUAUUGAUAAAACCUGUACUAGUAAUACAAUGGACGAACCACUUAUCUACCUGGCAAUGGAUAAUGCAAAAAUAAUCAUCAAUAUAUUGAAGGCAGUGCACUUCCGCGAUCUUGCCACAAUAUUUGCCACAAAUAAUGGUAUUAAGGUGACAGUAGAGGACUCAAAAUGCAUUCAAGGAAACGCUUUCCUGCAUUCAGCACUUUUCCGUGAAUACUCUGUAAAGAAGGAUAUAGUAUCGUUUAGGACAAACCUUGGUGUGCUUGUUGACUGCCUUUCUAUUUUUGGGACUUCAGUUCAAGGACCAUCAGUUUCAUUCAUUUUAUCAUAUAAAACUCACGGGAGUGCUUUAAACAUUUUACUAGAAGAAAAUGGAGUUGUAGCAGAAUGCAACAUUAAAACUAUGGAGGCGUUUGAGAUAUUGGACUUUGAUUUUUCAAGCAGUAAUAUUUCAGAUAAAUUCAUAAUGAAGUCAGAAUGUAUGCGUGAAGCGUUCAACGAACUUGAUACUUCAAGCGAAAUUUUGGAAGUUGCUAUAAUACCACCUCCGGCUGUUCAGUCUCGUCUUCGUUUAACGACGUAUGGUUUCGCUGGAACUAUGCAUUUUGACUUACCUCGGUCAUCUGAUCAAGUAGAAGUUUUUGAAUCUGCAGCUGCAAGUACUCGGAUAGCUCGAUUUCGUCUUUCGCUUCUACGGCUUGCAACAAGCCGAGCACUGUCAAUGGCUAGCCGUAUUUCGCUGCGUAUCAAUGACCGAGGGUUCCUGUCGAUCCAGUACAUGAUCAAUCUUUCAGACGGUGAAGUUGCUUUUGUCGAGUUUUUCUGUGUCCCAGAUGUAGAUGAAACAGAUCAGUCAGAAUCUCAGACAAGCACGAAUAGUCCGCAAAAGUCUAGUAAGAUGUCUCAUUUUGCAUCAACAUUGAAGUGUCCAACAAACGCAAUGGAUCCCGAUUGGAGUGAUUAAGGAACUUAGUUUUGAGUUGGACUUUAAAAUUUAACCAAACAGAUUUACAAAUUCAGAUUAAAAACCCUCACUUUUUGUAUGCCUUUUUAAAUACGUACUGUAAAUAGUAUAUUCUGCUAUACUCUAUCUAAAGACUUGAUCAUUUUCUCAGAGGAAAAAACUUUUUUGAAACUUCAUGUUAGUAUUUGUACGAUCUUGUGUGUUUCAGAAAAUCAAAUUCUUGGACUUAUAGUUUUUAACUUAAUUAGAUGAAAGAUUAUUUUUUCCAUGGGUGCUAUCAUUCUUAUUUUCACACAUAAUCAAGUAUUUUAAAAUAAAUUACAAAGGAAAGUUACAUAAACAAA